AUGGAUUUGGGGACAACACCUACUUCCAAAAAGGUCCGGCGAGAGAGAACCCCAGGACGCUAUAAGGGCGUUCGAAUGAGGGCUUGGGGUAAGUGGGUUUCUGAAAUCAGGCUUCCAAAGUCAGGAGACAGGAUAUGGUUGGGCUCUUAUGAUGCCCCAGACAAGGCAGCUCGGGCCCAUGAUGCUGCUGCGUAUUGCAUUCAUGGUGAACGUGCAGAGUUCAAUUUUCCAAAGAAUAGAAGGCCAGUGCUCUCUAAGGGCUCGACAGUUUCCUUGUCCAAGAAGGAUAUACAGACUAUUGCAACGGAUUUUUCUUCAGCUGAUGUAUCAGAGUCUACUCCAGUGUCGUCUACAAUGACAACCCAGGUUCCAUCUGAUAAACCAGCUUCUCCAAAUUUACUGGUUUCUAAGGGUAUGGCAAGUGCAUAUGAAGUGGAUAGUGGUUCAUUUGCCCCAAGUUGCACUACUGGAGAAGCUGUUGCUUCACUAGAAAAUAUACAAUUGGAUGAUUUCCUCAUGCUAGAUACAGAUUGGAUAGCUGAUUUUUAUUAG